AUGCCCAGGACCACGGAGAACAGUCUUCGAGGUUCCUCAUCUCGUCGCCGCCGUCGCUCCCGCACCUCAAGAGCCGAGCUGAUCUUUGCUGUGAGCCUGGUGGAACAACAUCUGAGGGAAGGCGGCCAUGCCCGGAGGAGGCUGAGCGAAACGGUGCCCAUUUUCCUGGCAGCCAUCCUGGAGUUCCUCACCCGCAGGCUGCUGGAGCUGGCAGGCAAUGAAGCCCAACGAAGAGGAACCCAGAGCCGCAUCACUCCGGAGCUGCUGGACUUGGCCGUCUACAGCAAUGCGCUGCUCAGCGAAUUGUUCCAAUUCAUCACCAUCUCACGGGUGGCCCCAGCUCAUCACUAG